UCAGAAUUUUGUUCCGUGUAUUUUCGUUUUAUCUCUGGUAAUUUUUAUAAGAAAAGUUAAAAAUUUCAUAAUGAAUUCAUUUGGUUGUUAACAUAUUUUAUAUAAAUUUGAAAAUGUUUAAUGCAUUUAGCAAAAUAGGUCACUGGAAUUUCACUUAAGAUGACGUCAAUUCUAGGUUCAGAUUGGAAUAUUUCCUCUGAUGGUAUUAAUGUUAUAACUGAAAAUGGCAGUAUCAAAGAUUAUAAUAAGGUUUUGGCUUUAGCUUUAAAUAUAGACUUAAAAGAGAUAGGCAGCCCAGUCUUAACUAAGGAAUUAGCAAAACAGAGAACCUCUAAACUUGUGCUUCAGAUUCAGAAAAUUCGAAAUAUCUCAGCUCCCAAAGCUAAUGAAGAUUCACAGGCUGCACCUCGAAUGCUGAAACUGGUUUUAACAGAUGGGGAUAACCACGUCCAAGCUAUAGAAAUAACCACUAUUAACUCUAUAAGUCGAAAUAAUACGCCACCAGGAACUAAAAUAUUAAUUAAUAACGCUAGCGUUGUCUCAGGAUAUAUUUUGCUUAAUUCCAAUAAUUGUACAGUGCUAGGCGGUAAGGUACCUCAUCUGGUUGAAAAAUGGGAAAUUGCAAGAAGCAUUCAACGUAACAAAAGGGGAAAUUCUCCUAAUGAAGAUGGACCUCCACCAUGGGUCAAUUUUGGAACUAAAAUUCAAACGGGUGACCAAGACGGUAAUUUCAAAUCUUUGGGUAUUAAAAACAAGGAGGCAGCAAAAGACAAUUCUGAAUUCGAAUUACAACGACAAGGUGCAAUUGCUGAGGCUAGUGCGGGAGCAGUAAGGAAGGUAUUUGGAGGUAGAGUAAAGCAAAAUGUGCAACCUAUUAUUAGUAAUCAGAAUAGGCCAAAUAAAGAACGACAAGAGAAGGUUAAAUUCAAGGGUAAAUCUCUUACAAAGGAAAAAGAUGUAGAAGAUAAACCUGUGAGACCAUCAGAAAAGGUAUCCCUGUUCGCCUUUCUUGAAGACAAAUUGCCUUUAAGUGAAAACCAAACCACUGCCAAAAGUACUAGUUCCACAGAAAGCCAAAAUAAUCCAAGGAAUCUGUCAUUAAAUGCUAAUAAACACUACGAAGGCCAAAACAAACCGUACAGUCAACAAAACUAUCACUACCAAAACUACAAUCAACAAAAUUACAAUGAUAAACAUCCAGCAGCACAAAAUAGAUACGAAAAAAAUAAUUCACAGCAAAACAUGAACCAGUAUUCAUCAAAACCGUUCGACAAACAGCAAAGUAAUAACUAUUCAAAAUACCCAUAUCAUAAUAAACAGGACAACUCACCAAAACCGUUUGAUAAACAGCAAAGUAAUAACUAUUCAAAAUAUCCAAAUCACGAUAAUCAAGAUAAUAUAAACAGUAAUCCAAGGCAAUACGAAAAACCUAAGCAAAGCAGUAAAGUAUCUCAGGGUAAUUGCAAUACACAGAAAGAGGACCAAAAUGAUCUGUCAAACAAUAUGAACAAAAUGUCUUUGAAUAGCCAGUUUGCGAGUAGGAGCUUAAGGCAACAUUUAAACUUAGGUCCCGUUAAGAAAAGUGAGGAGCCUUCGAAAAGAAAUGAAGUUGUCCAAAACAGUACGUUCAACAUUGGCGAUGAAUGUAUGGCUAAGUAUUGGGAAGAUGGAAAGUUUUACAAUGCCGUUAUAACUGCGAUAACAGAUAGAACAUAUGCCGUAAGAUUUAAAGGAUAUGGAAAUAUAGAGGAAAUUCUAAAAACUGACUGUUUCCCAGUAUCCAGCAGCAAUAACAAACAAAACUAUGGCCAAAAUCAAUCAAAUCGAAGAUAUGACCAGAACGGUAAGCCAUAUUCAGGUUCAGUGGAAUUUAGACGAAGUAAUAGAAAUUAUAAAUAAUAUUUUAACUAAUAUCAGAAUGAUCAUGUAAUAUAAGUGUAAAAAUAAAGUAUUCAGUUGUAUUUAUUUAUAAAUUAU